AUGCCGAACGUUAUCGUGACUUGCACCUUCAACCCCCCGUGUGUCUCCAUCCAGGGGGUGAAUAUCCGCCAGGACACGAUCGAUGCACUCCAGCGCGCCCUGCCGAAGCAGACCACGACAAGCCUGCCGACACAGCGCCCCGGUGAGCCUGCCAAGUUCCUCCUGACGAGCGGCGGCGGCGUGGGGCAGGCUGGCACAGUGAACCGUAUCGAGUACGGCAGUGCUGCCGCUGGUGGGGCGGAAGAGGGCAGACAGGAGGCCACCUCCCCGCACAACAGCUCGAACGGAGUGGCCCCUGGAGAAGGCGCUAAGGAGUACAAGAGCUGGCGCAUUGACCUCGGGCAGCACUACUGCGAUCAGAUGGGCCGCGCCAUGAUCUUUCUGGUCAUCAUCGAGGCGCUGGAGGAGGAGGGAUUUGCCCUGCGCGGGACGCACACCUUGGUGAUGGAGAGGGAGAAGGAUACUACCCAGCUCAUCUUCGUACGUUCGUAA